AUGGUUGAGGAAGAAGCUAAGAGCUUACCUAUGGAGCUGAGCGAGAAGGGAGGUGUAGAGAACAAUGGAUUUGUUCAAAAUGAGACUUUUGAUGACAAGGAGGCUGAGACCAGUAGCCAAGACGAAAUACCAAGAAUGUGCAUUGUGGAUGUGGACCCAGUGUCUAUAGAGGAGCUGGCACUGAAGCCCUAUGCGGGGAUGCCCAAGGAAGUCUUGCUGAAGUUUUCCAGCCAAGCCCGGUACAGAGUCACCAGGGAGAUUCUUUUCUGGCUCAUAAUUGCUGCUACUGUUGUGCUUGUGGGCGCUACGAUUGCAAUUAUUGCUCUCUCUCCAAAGUGCCUUGACUGGUGGCAGGCUAGUCCUAUUUAUCAGAUCUAUCCUCGCUCCUUCAAGGACACCAACAUGGAUGGGAAUGGGGAUCUGAAAGGUAUUCAAGAAAAACUGGACCAUAUUAUGUAUUUGAAUAUAAAGACCAUCUGGAUCACCUCUUUCUUUAAGUCCCCCUUGAAAGACCUUGGAUAUGGAGCUGAAGACUUCUACGAUAUUGAUCCCAUGUUUGGAUCAAUGAGUGAUUUUGAGAAUCUGCUUGCAGCCAUACAUGACAGAGGACUAAAGGUGAUCAUGGAUUUAAUACCAAACCAUACAAGUGACAAACACCGAUGGUUUCAGCUGAGUCGCAAUCGAACUGGGAAGUACACGGACUACUACAUCUGGCAGGACUGCGCGCAGGCCGCUGGGUCGGUCGUUCCUCCGAACAACUGGGUGAGUGUCUUUGGGAAUUCCAGCUGGCAGUUUGACGAUGUGAGAAAGCAAUGCUAUUUUCAUCAGUUUGGGAAAGAACAGCCUGACUUAAAUUUUCGCAACCUUGCUGUCCAACAAGAAAUCCAUGAUAUUAUCAAAUUUUGGCUCGGCAAAGGAAUCGAUGGAAUUAGUUUCAGCGCUGUUAAAUUCCUUUUAGAAGCAACACAUCUCCGAGAUGAGCCUCAAGUGAACAAGUCCCAGAAUCCAGACAGUAUCACAGCCUAUUCCCAGCUCUAUCAUGACUACACGACCACGCAGGUUGGUAUGCACGAUAUCAUCCGUAGCUUCCGUCAAACCAUGAAUCAGUUCAGCAGUGAACCUGGCCGAUAUAGAUUUAUGGGAUCUGAUGGUGAUGAAGAGGAAGAUAUUGAAGCAACAAUGAUGUAUUAUGGAACAACUUUUAUCCAAGAAGCAGACUUUCCCUUCAAUUUCAACCUAAUUAACAUGAAAAAUCCAUCGGGCAACAGUAUUUUUGAAGCUGUCAACUUGUGGAUGAAAAACAUGCCUACAGGAAAAUGGCCAAACUGGGCGGUUGGAAGCCCUAAUGCUGCUCGGAUUUCAUCUCGGAUUGGGAAGGAGUAUGUCAAUGUUAUGAAUGUGCUGCUUUUAACCCUCCCUGGUACUCCUGUAACUUACUAUGGUGAAGAAAUAGGCAUGGAGAACAUUGCGUCAGAAAACGUAAGUGAAGAGAAACCCAUUAUUUAUAAUGUGACCUUUCCAGGGAAAUCCCCCAUGCAGUGGGACGGCAAAGUUAACGCUGGUUUUACCGAAGGCAACAGUAGCUGGUUACCUGUUAACUCUGACUACCAGAGUGUAAAUGUUGAAGUCCAGAGGACCUGGCCCAACUCAACCCUGAAUUUGUACCGAGAGCUGACUUCCCUUCGCAACGACGAACUCCCCCUUAAUCGGGGAUGGAUGUGCUACAUCUGGAAUGACAGUAACAUUUUCGUGUACGUGAGGGAGUUGGAUGGGUUAGACAGAGUCUUCAUGAUGGUUCUCAAUUUUGGGCAGGAAUCGACAAUAGACUUGCAAGCUGUAGUUCCUGACCUUCCCUCUGAAGCUACUGUAAGACUAAGUACUAAUUUUAGCAAUGCUGGUAAAGUCGUCAAUACCAAACUAAUUAAAACUGAAAUGGGAGAAGGCCUGGUCCUCGAAUAUAAAACAGAAAAGCCUGUUCAUAGCAUGGAAGCUUUUCAAGGAAAUUGUUUUGUGGCAGAAAAAGCUUGUUAUUCCAGUGCAUUCAAUUUGCUCUAUGUGAACUGUUAA